AGUGUCCUGUCGACAUACUGACAUCAUGACCGAAAUCAUUCAUUGGCUAGACGGCAAAUGGGCGUGGUCGUCAGAGGCAACGCAUCCUCACUAUUCAACCAAUCAUUCUCCAGACAUCAUGACCGAAAUCAUUCAUUGGCUAGACGGCAAAUGGGCGUGGUCGUCAGAGGCAACCCAUCCUCACCGUUCAACCAAUCACAGCCAUCCACGUCAUCAGUACCGUGGCCGACGUGUACAGAGAGGAGGCGCCUCGCUUUUGCUAAGAACCACAAAGUGGGCGGAGACACUGUCAAGAGGAUCUUCGAUCGAUACGGGUACGUCAGGAAACUGAACAUGGUCCUCCCACGUUCACUUGUGGUGAGUGGCAUGUAUCCGUACAAACUGGACCCGAAGUCCUACCUACCACCACCUCCCAACCAGACCUUUGAUAUGCUGCAAUACCACACUGUAUAUGAAAGAGAACGGUACAGAGAAAUACUCCCAAAGGAUACUGUUUAUCUGACUAUCAUUCGUGAACCAUUAAGUCAUUUCAAGUCCACUUGGAACUACUACAAACUGCAGAAAAGAUUCCAUAUCGAAGAUAGUGGACAAGACCCCAUUCUGACAUUUCUGGCCGACCCAGGCAAAUAUGACAAAAAGUGUGGCCAUGGCCGCCAUUUUCCCUACUGUUUUACCCAUAAUGCAAUGUCUGCUGACCUCGGAUUUCCGGAAACGACAAACAAGCGAGUGGUUCCCGGAUGUGACCCGGAGGAGAGAGAGACCAUCACCCGCGAAUUUGUGCAAAUCAUCGAAGAAGACUUUGAACUUGUCAUGUUGACGCAGUACUUCGACGAGUCGCUAGUCCUGCUGAAGCGACUGAUGUGCUGGUCUCUAAAAGACAUCCUCUACUUCCCGAUCAACACUCGCAGCUACGCAAACAAAGAGACACAAAUCCCACCCAAACUCCGACAGAACCACAAAGAAUGGAGCUAUGUAGACUACGCUCUCUACGAUCGCUUCAAUCAAACCUUUUGGAGGAGGGUAAAUUCAGAGGGCAACGAUUUCUGGGGAGAAGUGAGAUAUUUUAGACAUAUCAAGGAAAAAAUGAGAGAACUGUGCAAUGGUUACAAGUCGAGUAAACAAUGCUCUGUUUCUUUCUUGUAUUUUAAAGAUUCUAGGUGGGGUCCAGGGUUUAGAUUAGACAGGAACUUCUGUAUGCUGGCAAAGAGAAGUCUCAAAUGUCAUUUAUUGCUUGAGUCUGAACACGCAGCCAAGGCACUGGGUCUGAACCGUUCCAACAUUACCAACUAUUCAGACGUCGACUUUACACUUUUCCAGAAAGCUGUAAAAUCGAGAAAAACACAAAAAUCGAGAAAAAGACAAACAGAACAGAAGACUAUUGAUGUGGUUUUAGAUAAUUGCGCCUACUGUAAUAUGAGAAACUGUGGACCAUUGGACUACCUGUCGCACUUCUACCAUGAGGGUGAUAUAAACAGCGACACCUAUCAUGCAAUUGUAAACAGGGAGCAUCCAAACUUUGUCAGACAAUGCAAUAUUAAAGGCUAACAAAACAAUUUCACAGCAGUAAGAAUUAGGGUUUAGUUUUGAUAAGGAUCUACAAUUAUCAUCCACAAUUAUUAGGAUACUUAGUUGUCAUUCUUUCUGUGGUCCUACACUGAUAAAUGCAACACUGCAUGACACACAUGAAAAUAAACUAUAUACAAGAUAUAGAUACGCUGAUAUUUUAAAAAUAGAUAAGGAAUAUAAGAGAUAACAUGAGGUCCAUAUACACCAAAUGUAACAUGAUUAUUGGACUCUCACGACUUCAGAUCAUUUCGGGUGUUAGACAUUCUGUAUAUACAGAAAGUGUUUUUUUCUCAGCAUGUUGGGUUUCGGAAGGCUGAUGAUUUCGAUGAUCUGUGUUGAUAUUCAUCAUGUACAUGUACAUACAUUAUGCCUUUCUGGUCUGAAAUUUCGUACCCGAAUGGCUAUGCUACCAGCCUAACCGGUUUGACAGCUCACCAUGUUAUCUUGUCACGUGUCUCUAACUAGAGUAGAUUUAAUCAGCUUGAUGUCAACGGAUCAAACCAGUUGGAAUUCCUCAACACGUGCAUUUAUGUAGAAGCAGAGCCAACAUUCUGAUGUAACAGAUGCUGAGGAGGGACAAGGAGGUGCAGAUCGAGCUAGGGCAAGGAGAAAAUCUAAACUACUAGUACCAGUUAAAAUACUGACUGCAUGUGUACCAUGAGGCGACUUGACCGUGCUUUCUUCAGCCUGGUGGCCCUCGGCGUAGUCUACAUCUUCAUAUACUCCUGCGAGGUACUACAGGGUCCAAGAAGGUAUUACAGUUCAAAUCUUCAUACUUUCCUUACAUAUCUGC